AUGGUUGUUGUUGUUGGGGUAACUUUGGUGGUGGUUGUUGUUGGGACAGCUGUGGUGGUUGUUGUUGUUGGGACAGCUGUAGUGGUUGUUGUUGUUGGGACAGCUGUGCUGGUUGUUGUUGUGGCAGCUGCUGUGGUUGUGGUUGUUGACGGGGAAGCUGUGGUGGUUGUUGUUGUUGGGACAGCUGUGGUGGUUGUUGUUGGGGCAGCUGUUGUUGUGGUUGUUGUUGGGGCAGCUGUGGUGGUUGUUGUUGUUGGAGCAGCUGUGGUUGCUGUUGAGGCAGCUGUGGUGGUUGUUGUCGUUGAAGCAGCUGGUGUUGUUGUUGGGGCGGCUGUGGUGGUUGUUGUUUGA